AAACAAAGAAAAAAAAAUGAUGGGAAAACUUAACUGUUUUACACUAAAAAAGAAGAUAGUGAUCAUCAUUUCUCCAUAGCCAAGAAAAAAAAAAAAACAAAAACAAAAGCUUUAAUUUGAGAUUCUAAUGGAAGCUGAUGAUAAUCCCAAGCUGUUCCAUCUUCCACAACGUAAUUCCUCUUCAUCUUCCUCAAUGACCCUUUUUUCAAGAUUGGAUCAUUUGGAUUUUGUUAUGAAGGACUUGGAGAAAAAACAGAGAUUGGAGAGAUUAUUUGGAGGGAGUAAUUUAGAAGAAGGAAUGGGAGGAAGAAGCAUAUCAAUGGAUGUUGCACUGAAAGAUACUUACUUUAAAGGUUCAUUGUUGGAUCGUGUGGCUGCUCUUGAGCAUAGACUUGUUCAGCUAUGUUUGGAGAUGGAAUCAGCAGGGAGCUCCUCAAAUCCUUCAUCAUUAACAAAUUCAUCACAAACAUCACUUGAGAUAAUUACUUCUUCUUCUUCUCCAAAAAUUUUUUGCAAUGGACAAUCAUCAUCUGCUUCUUCAUACCCCACAUUUCAUUAUCCCAACAAUGGAACAACUUCACAAAUUUCUCAAUUUCAGGAGAAGCCUCAAAGACAACAACAGAAAAAGAAGCAACAAAGUACUCCAAAAGGUCAAGUAGUAGUUAGUAAGACAAUGACUGAAAAGGAUGAAGAAGUAGGAUCUUGCAAAAAUGUGAAGAAAGGGAAUCCUUCUUUCAAAUGGCCACACUUGAGAUUGUUUGGUUGUUAAUGCUUCUUUCCUUCUAUCUUUCUUUCUUUUCUUUUCCCAAGUUUCGGAAACAACGUAACGCUUCAAAACCAUUAAAAAUAUGAUUGAAUAUGUUUAGAAUACGUUAGUCGUACUUCAUGCCAGCUUAAGUUUUUAAGUUUGUACUUGUUGAUCGGUUUAUCAAUAAAGAUGAUCUUAUGUCCAAAUAGAAAAGUAAUUUGAAGAUGGAUUAAUAGUCAUUUCGGAAGAA